GACGAGAUGGGAAUUGAAGUCAACCCCCCGCCAUUUUGACUGAAAGUGCCUUUCCCUCUCCGGCCGAUCUCAACACCGGAGAAAGAUGGUCUUCAAGUAUUAUUCCUUCCUCCCCGGCGACGAGGAGGACCUCAACAACGCUCGCCCCGGCUCCCCUCCGGCCUUCUUCUCUCUCCCUUCACCCGUUUCUCCUCGCAUAUGCGGUAACUGCAUCCCUGGCUUCGCAGCUGGAGCUGCCACGGCGGCAGCCGUGUCAGCUACUCGCCGGUCCUUUGUCCCCGUUCCGCCGGCUCGAGAGCCGCUUCCGCGGCAGCAACAGGUCAGAAACGAGGCAGCGGCGGAAGUGAAGGAUCAGAAAUCUGCGAGUGUUGAAACGUCAAGUUGUCACACUAAAAAAAUUAAGGCUGAGAAGUUCAUGUUGGAUGACAUCAUCAUUAGGCUCUUAGAAGGUCGGGGUAGGCCAGGGAAGUUGGUCGAGCUCUCAGAGACAGAGAUUAGGCAGCUCUGUGUGACCUCUAGGAAUAUCUUUCUUCAGCAGCCCAACUUGCUUGAGCUUGAAUCUCCCAUUAAGAUUUGUGGUGAUAUUCAUGGGCAAUACUGUGACUUGCUGAGGCUUUUUGAGUACGGAGGCUUUCCUCCAACAACCAACUACUUGUUCCUAGGAAACUACGUGGACUAUGGGAAACAGAGUUUGGAGACCAUGUGCCUCUUGCUUGCUUACAAGAUUAAGUACCCGGAGAACUUUUUUCUUCUCCGCGGGAAUCAUGAAUGUUCUUCUAUUAGUCGGAUACAUGGGUUCUAUGACGAAUGUAAGCGGCGCUUCAACGUGAGGCUCUGGAAGGUCUUUGUUGACUGUUUCAAUUGCUUCCCUGCUGCGGCCAUUGUUGAUGACAAGAUAUUUUGCGUGCACGGAGGACUGUCUCCAGAUCUCACCAAUUUAGACCAAAUAAGAAACAUACGUCGCCCGACUGAUGUGCCCGACACGGGCUUGCUCUGUGAUUUGCUCUGGUCAGAUCCGGACGGUCAUUUGAAGGGAUGGGGCAUGAAUGAUAGAGGAGUCUCUUACACCUUUGGAGCUGACAAGGUUUCGGAAUUCAUAGAGAAGCUUGAUUUAGACCUUUUUUGUCGUGGUCAUCAGGUUGUAGAAGAUGGAUAUGAAUUCUUUGCAGGUAGACGGCUCGUGACUCUAUGUUCAGCACCUAACUACCGCGGCGAGUACGAUAAUGCCGGUGCAAUUAUGAGUGUCGACGAGGCCUUGAUGUGCUCCUUCCAGAUACUUAAGCCAGCUGACAGGCAGCCCCGUUUGUUUUAUUCUCGUCACCUGCAAGAUGACCCAAAGACUGAAGAAAUCGGGACCACAGAAGGCUGAAAUUCCGUGCAGGCAGUGACUGCUACAUAUUUAGCCCCUUUCUGGCCUUGGUUGUCCUCUGGAGCUUCUUGCAAAGAUUGAGUUGUGCAGUGACACCCGAGUAGAACAUAACAAUGCUAUGAAUGUACUUGAAUUUAAAUAAUAAGAAACAAAGAUUCAAUAAAUUUUUUUAAUUGUCGUGUA